AUGGAGCGGCGGUUGUCGCUGCCCAUGGUCGCCCGCCGCGCACGCAAACGGUCCACGUCAUCCGCGGCCGACGCGCUGACGCCGUGCGCGUCGACCGUGCUCCCGCGCCGCGUCUCACGCGGCCUAUUGAGUCUCCUUGGCGUUUGCGCCUUUCUCGGCGUCUACCUCGGGCUCACGGCCUCGUCCGUCUCGGAGGAGACGCGCAUGAGCCCGGGUCUGGACGACGUCAUGCUGGACUUGAAAAUGGACCGUGUCCGCGACGUGUGGACCGACGAGACCUUCCAGUGUCUCGGGUGGCGCGCCACCAGCGACUGCAAUCCAAGCGGCCGGCGCGACCUGUCCGGUGACCGCAGCUGCGACACGGCCAUCUCGUCGACCAUGGCGGGCUACUGCGAAGUGCGCAACCGGUCGAGCGGCGCCACCUUUCACGUCAUGGCGACCACGUGCCGCAGCAUCGACGACGACGUCGUCUUCACUUGCAACAUGGCGCGGGACUUUACCGACUUUAGCCUCCUCGCUGCCGCGUACAAGGAGCCGCCGCACAUUGCGUUCGACAUGCCCGCGUCGCCGCCGGCCAAUGGCAUCGUCAUGUCUGUCUACGAAGACGUGCUGCCGAGCGCGUAUGCCGUCGUGCGCACACUGCGGCGGCUCGGCUGCAAGCUUCACGUCGAGCUCUGGUACCGGCGCGAGCAGAUCGACCCGCAGCACCCGCUGCUCCAAGAGCUCGUCGCGGCCUAUCAGUGCACGCUGCGCGAGAUUUUCGAGCCGACGGCGACGCAUUUUCACACCAAGCCAUAUGCGAUCUACUAUAGUGCGUUCCAGAACGUGCUCUUCCUCGACUCGGACAACAUCCCGGCGAAGGACCCGACGUACCUCUUCGAGUCGCGCGAGUUUGUCGAGCACGGCGCGGUGUUUUGGCCUGAUUUUUGGCACCCGCGCAACACGCUCUUCAAUUUGCAGCCGCAGAGUCUCUUGUGGCAAGCGCUCGACAUGCCGUACAUUGACAUGAUCGAGCAAGAAUCCGGCCAGCUCCUCAUCAACAAGGUCGCGUGCUUGCCCGCGCUGCGCAAACUCAUGUUCUACUCGGGCCACGCACCUCGGCUCCUCGAUGCGCUCGAGCUCGUCUGGGGCGACAAAGACUUGUACCGUCUCGCAUGGCUCAACACGUCGACGCCGUUUUACAUGCAACCGCGCCUCCCCGCGAUCGGCGGGCUCUACGACCCGUCGUCCGGGUACUUUUGCGGUGUCGCCAUGCUGCAGUUUGAUGCGGCGGGCGACGUCGUCUUUGUGCACCGGAAUACCGUCAAGCUCACGGGCCACGUCAGCGAGACACCCGUGCUAUCGCACAUGCAGACCUUUACGGGCGACGCGAUCGCCGACUACGUUGUGAGCAUCCAAGGCAACCGCAUGGGCCAGUCGUCGUGCUUCUUCUUGACGUCCAAGUAUAUCGUGACGCCGGUCAAGGACACGCCGUUCGCGACGCUUGAAGAGACUGCGAUGCAGUUUGCCAUCGAAGGCGCGGCCGCCUACCCGCGACGCGAGCACGACCACCGACAAUGGCUGUCGCACCAUUCGCUACUGCUCGUGCUCGUCGUGCUGGCGGUCUUUGGGUUUGCGAACGUGGCCAUGCUGCGAAUGACGACGCGGAGGUUUUGGCUGCAGCAAUUCCGCACCAAGCGGAAAAACUCCGUGCCCGUCGUCUAG